AUGGCGCAGAAAGGAGAUCAGUUGGACCAAGAAACAAUCAGCUGUUCAAUCUGUCUGGAUCUACUGAAGGAUCCGGUGACUAUUCCCUGUGGACACAGCUACUGCAUGAGCUGUAUUAAACACUUCUGGGAUGGAGAGGAUCAGAGGAAGAUCUACAGCUGCCCUCAGUGCAGACAGACCUUCACACCAAGGCCUGUCCUGAUGAAAAACACCAUGUUAGCAGCUUUAGUGGAGCAGCUGAAGAAGACUGGACUCCAAGCUGCUCCUGCUGAUUACUGCUAUGCUGGACCUGAAGAUGUGGCCUGUGAUGUCUGCACUGGGAGGAAGCUGGAAGCUUUCAAGUCCUGUCUGGUGUGUCUGGCAUCUUACUGUAAGAAUCACCUCCAGCCUCAUUAUGAUGCAGCUCCAUUAAAGAAACACAAGUUGGUCGAGCCCUCGAAGAAGCUCCAGGAGAACAUCUGCUCUCGUCAUGAUAAGGUGAUGGAGAUUUUCUGCCGCACUGAUCAGCAGAGAAUCUGUUCUCUCUGCUCUGUGGAUGAUCAUAAAGGCCACGAUACAGUCUCAGCUGCAGCAGAAAGGACUGAGAGGCAGAGAGAGCUUGAGGUGAGUCGACUAAACAUCCAGCAGAGAAUCCAGGACAGAAAGAAAGAUGUGAAGCUGCUUCAACAGAAAGUGGAGGCCGUCAGUCGCUCUGCUGAUAAAGCAGCGGAUGACAGUGAGAAGAUCUUCACUCAGCUGAUUCGUCUCCUCCAGAAAAGAAGCUCUGAUGUGAAGCAGCAGAUCAGAUCCCAGCAGGAAACUGAAGUGAGUCGAGCCAAAGAGCUUCAGGAGAAGCUGCAGCAGGAGAUCACUGAGCUGAAGAGGAAAGACGCUGAACUGAAGCAGCUCUCACACACAGAGGAUCACAUCCAGUUUCUACACAACUACCCCUCAGUGUCACAACUCAGUGAACCUACAGACUCAUCCAGCAUCAAUAUCCGUCCUCUGAGAUACUUUGAGGAUGUGACAGCAGCUGUGUCAAAGCUCAGAGAUAAACUACAGGACAUCCUGAGGGACAAAUGGACAAACAUCUCACUGAUAGGGACUGAAGUGAAGGUUUUACUGUCAGAAGCAGAGCCCAAGACCAGAGCUGAGUUCUUAAGAUAUUCAUAUGAAAUCACUCUGGAUCCAAACACAGCAAACACACGACUGUUAUUAUCUAAGGGGAACAGAAAAAUUCGCUGGAAGGUGUCAGGUCCUGAGUAG